UAUUUAUACAUUAUACGUUGUAUUUUGGUUACAAAUACACACUGCAUAUGAAAACUUAACAUCGUUGCUUCUUCAGAAAGUUAAACAUCUAAAAUGUUAAAUGCUCUCUCAUUUGUAAGACACUUUGGAUAAAAGCAUCUGCAAAAUGAAUACAUUUAAAUCCAAAAUGAGUCCUGGCAUGAAUGAUAUUUGCAUUCUCCAAACACCACUGAGAGAGACCAAAGUGUGAUUUAUUCCUAUUACACAGUAUUUUGAUACAUGCUGAAACAAAACUAUGUGCAAACCUCUUUGUCAAUUAAUUUUGCAAAUGCACAGCAGAGGAAGUGAGGGAUGGGGGGAGACGAGCCCUGCCAACCAGAUCCACCUCAGCGAAACAUUGUAUUCCUCACUCUGCUCUCGCUCUCUGUAACGUCUCAUUUUUCUCCCUCUUUUUGCAUCUGAGAUGUCAUCUUUGUUGAGGAAAGAGAUGGCCAGAAUGGUGUUCCGACCGAAGGGACAGAAACUGGAGGAGUUUAUAGAAAUCGAGGAGCAGCAACAGGGGCGACAUUUCCUCUGUGUUUCUACCAAAGAUAAACAAGUCCAGAUCUCAGUGGUGAUGUGUCGGAGAGUUAAGCGUUCAAAGACAAAGAAGCUGCAGCACUAUGGGUUGGAGGACAGUUAUGAGCGAACAGAGAUCUGGGACCUGGAAGACCUACUGGUUCUGGAUGGCAGAGAUCCUGAUUCAGAUGAUCCCUGUUUCCUGAUGCAUUUUGACUCCGUGCGUUUUGUCAAAGCGAUCAGCUGCGCUGCUAAAUACACUCUGGCCCGCUGUCUGCUUUCCUUAAGCAGGAAGUAUCGGUGUACAGCACUAAAACUGCGGAACUUUGACUGGACGUAUAUCCGCCCCACUGCUAUGUACUCAGAUCGUGGUGACUGUAUGGUGCUCAUGCAGGUCUGUUUCUAUGCCUUUAAUCUGGUGUGUCUCUCUAUGUGCCCUGUGCCUCUGUGAAUGUGGGUUAAAGAAACUGUUUUAUGUUUAAAGAUCUCAAUUCCUCAUACCACAUCAUCCUUGUUUUUAAAACAAUGGUCUGUUAGUAUUGUUUAUCCCAUGAAGAACAAGACUAUGGGUAGUGAAUAAUAUGCAAUAUGUCUACAUUUGUUCUCAUUAAUGCUGAAAGUUAAGAAUAUGGGAGUAUUUUGUGUUUAUUUCGAUAUGCAAGACAUGUAUAGAUAAUUGACAUCAAGCAGUGAUAGCAGUUUCACAUGCAGCAUUUUUUUCAUCCAUUUCCUCUUCAAUUAUUUCACGCAUGCAGCUUUUAUGACCACAUAUUAAUUGCAGACUACAUGCUAUAUUUAAAAAUUCUUUUGUCACACUACAGUACCAUUCAAAUUAAUUUCUGUAGGCUAAUGGGUGAUUAAAAAUGGACGAUGUUGAAAUGUUUCCAUUUUCAUGUUAUUUUCAAUACCCACGUGGAAGUUACAAUUAACAUGGGAAUGUGCAAAAGACUUUGUUCUUUGAGCUCUCAGACCAUGCUUUGAGCACUUAGCCCUAACUGUAACACAACUCCUUAAUGUGAGUGAAAUCUAAUUUGUUCUUCUGUAAAUGCAACACAAAAGGGUGUCUCUGAUGAUUCACUCAAGAACACUGUGACUUGAAUUUUAAUCAUGACAAUUUACAUGUGGUUUAAUAUGAAUGUGGUAAAUGGUAUGUGUAAUGAUGUUAAUAUAUUUUGAAAAAUAUGCACAAUUGUAUGUUGUUUAUGUAUGUGGAAAAACUUGGGGAUAGUAUUUAGGGUAACUUUGCAUGUGUCUUUGAUUUAAUAAGCAAGCGAUAUUAGUGGGUUUAUCAUUUCAUCUUAUUAAUAAUAGGUGACACUUGAGAUAAACUUUACGUGUUUUUAGUUUGUGCAGGUUUACUUGGUGGACAUUUGUAACCCACAUCUCAACGUACCUAUCAUAUUUUUUCACCUUAACAUUGUAAUGUUUGUAACUGUAGUGAUUUCUUGCACUAACGUAAAUGUUCAA